AUGAGCACGGAGGACAGUUUGGACUGGCUUUGUUCUCGUUUCGCUCAGUAUGACAUUGUGGAGGAGAUUGAGGAAGAGGACAAUGACUCAAAAGAAGUUGAUCUCUCAUUCUGCUUGAUUGGGAAGGUGUUGUCGUCACGGGUUAUUCCCCAUGGAGAUAUUGUGCAUCCAAUUCAACAUCCCUGGGGUUUGCGGGGUUCCUUAUCAUGCAAACCGCUGGAUAACAACUUGGCUUUAUUUGUGUUCACCAGCAGGGUGGAUAAAAAACGUGUCCAGCAAUCCUCUCCAUGGAUGGUUGAACAUAAUCAUCUCCUCGUUCUGAUUGAUGCGUCGGAUGACUUGAAGAUCUCCAAGCUGGACUUUUCUUGUUGUUCGUUCUGGGUUCAAAUUCAUGACUUGCCAUUAGGGUUACGGACAGCUGGUUUUGCGGAGAAGGUAGGGAACAACCUUGGCCGUUUUCUUUCGGUUGAUCGGGAUGCAGAAGGCUCCGUAAUUGGGAGGUUUUUGCGUAUUAAAGUUGAGCUGGAUGUUACUAAACCUCUUCGUCCAAUCAUCAAAGCUAAAUACAAGGGAAACCCAUUUUUGGCUGAAGUGAAAUAUGAGCGACUACCUGAGUACUGCUUUUUUUGCGGUAUAAUCGGCCAUUCAGUUCCCGGUUAUGAAGAACGAAUAAUGAAGGAUGUACCUGAAACUGGUCCAUGGAAAUGUGGAAUUUCCUUAAGGCCUCAUGCUACUAGUAAUCCUUUUCCACAACGAUUGUUGAAACCGCGGACUUGUCGUCGCACUCCUUCUGUCAAAGCUCAUCUCCCAGAGGACUCAACGAAUCCGACAAAGAAUGCUAAACACUGCCUGCAAAUUGAAGAAAUGGAUUCGAAUGAUCAAUCCUCAGCAGUGAGCAAGAAGUUGAAGAUCAAUUCAAAUGCUCUUUCAAAUACUAUAGAUGCUUCGGCUCCCAAAAAGUCACCCCUCUUGGUCUUCCUCUCCGAGACCAAGUGUCGCUCCUCUGCAUUUGAUCUUCUCAAGUACCGGCUAGGCAUGGACUGUUUGGUGGUUGAUGCGAUCGGUAAUUCAGGGGGGCUUGCUCUACUAUGGAGGAAAGACAUUCCAGUUACUCUUUGUAGUUUAUCAAGAAACCAUAUUGACAUAGAUGUCACCUUGUUUGAUGUCCGCAUGUGCAUUACAUGUGUUUACGGGGAGCCAGACACUUCUUUGAGACCUGUUGCUUGGUCUCGGGUGAAAAGUUUAAGGGAUGAUUGUCGAAUUCCAUGGCUUUGUAUUGGAGAUUUCAAUGAAGUCCUCUCGCAGGACAAAUUUAAGGGCUUAAGGCCUAGACCAGCUCGUCAAAUUAAUGAUUUUCGUUCCUUCUUGGAUCACCAUCUCCUUCAUGCUCAAUUUGAUAGAACUCCAGCUCAACUUUCAAGCAUGCAAAGGAAAAGGAGGUUUUGGUUUAAAGCUCUUUGGGUGAAAUCUGAGGAUUGUGCGAAGGAUAUCUUCUCGGUAACGAAAAUUGCUGACUUGGACCUACAACAGGCGCUGGGACGGAUCAGACAUAAAGUCAGCACAGGCAUGAGCUCUCGCCUAACGGACCGGAUGAAAAAACACUACAGUGGUAAAUUGAUUGAAAUCUUGAAAUUCUAUACUGAUUGGCAUUUUGUACCAAGUGCAGUACCAAGGCAGGAAAAGAUAACUUUAAAGAACCGGCACAAUGAGAAACUUGUGGGAGUGUUGCAUGACUCUGGAUCUGUAGAUAUUGUGGUCUUGUGUCAUGGUUUCCGAUCCUCAAAGGAUUACAAAAUGAUGGUGAAUAUUGCUGCUGCUCUUGAGAAUAAAGGAAUCAGUGCUUUUCGGUUUGACUUUGCUGGAAAUGGAGAAAGCGAAGGUACAUUUCAAUAUGGUAACUAUUGGAGAGAGGUUGAAGAUGUGCGGUCUGUAGUAGAGUACUUUAUUGGAGCCAACCGUAGGAUAGCUGCGAUUCUCGGGCAUAGCAAAGGAGGCAAUAUUGUGCUUCUAUAUGCAUCAAAAUAUCAUGACAUUUCCACCGUGGUUAAUGUAUCUGGGCGUUACAAACUAGAUAGAGGUAUUGCGGAGCGAUUGGGCAAUUCUUUCCUGGAGAAGAUCAAGAAAGAGGGCUACAUAGACAUUAAAUCUGGUGGUGAUAGCUACCGUGUGACAGAGGAGAGCCUGACGGAUAGGUUGAAUACCAACAUGCACGAGGCGUGCCUUCAAAUCGAUAAAGAAUGCAGGGUGCUAACAGUCCAUGGAUCUGCCGAUGAAAUAAUUCCUGCUGAAGAUGCCAUGGAAUUUGCGAAAAACAUACCAAAUCAUACAUUGCACAUCAUUGAAGGUGCUGAUCAUGGCUAUAACUCUCAUCAGGCUGAACUGAUUUCUAUUGUUUUGCCUUUUAUUGAAGAAGGCCUGCAGCAAUCCAAGAUUCAUUGA